CUCGCCCGCCCAGCACCCACCUAACAUGCUGCAGCCAAUGGAGGAAAUGAUUCUUCCACCAAAACGUCAGGCUGUUGUUGAUCGACUUAGGCGAAGAAUAGAAACGUAUAGAAGACGUCAGUCUGAAUGCGUGCCAAGAUUCGACCAGUCGUUCAGCGGAGCCUGUGAGCAACAAAAUCUCGAGACUAGCGCACUCCAGAAGCGUUUCCUCGAGGGCAAGGCCAAGCGACAGGCGAAGAAAACUGAGCGCAAGCCCGACCUACCGGCCAUCAGCAGCAAUCUGCACAGCAGCGUGUUGUACGUUCAACAAAAAUUUGGUUGCGGGGAUUACGAGCCACCCGCCAAGCUUCAAUGCAGCGGUAACAACAGUGCCGGAAGUGGGGGAAGCGAGGGACUAACUAAGUUCUCCGUCGAAAUAGUACAGCAGCUUGAAUUUACUACCUCCGCAGCGGAUUCGCAACCGCAGCAGAUCUCUACGAAUGUGACGGUGAAAGCUCUCGCUAACGCGGUGAAAACAUCCGGCUCGCCGCCGCCACCGCAACCUCCGCGCGUUCCCUCUCCCUUAGACUGCGAGCGGGAAUGCAAGGCCGAGUGCAAGUCGGAGGUGGCCGACGACGAGUUCGUAGGCCUCGACGAGUGCGCGGCGGCUCUGGAGCGAGAUGCCGCCUCCGCUUUCCCCGGCCUCGCCGACCUCAUCGGCGAGGACGACGGUGAUGACGCCUUCGAAUACCUCAUUACCGAGAUAUCUGAGUACCCUGAACUCAUGAAAGACUUCGAUCUCGAUGGUGGGAAAGUCAAUGGAGGAGGGGGAAUGGGUAACCACGAACCGCCGGAAGGUGAACCUGCACCUCGACCGUACGGUGGAGGAGAAAUGUCCCCUGCGGCACAGACGCUUAAACAUAUGGCGGAGCAGCACCAGCAAGCGACGGGUGGUGACUGGCGGUACCGCGGGUAUGGAGGAUACAGGCCGCGGCCGACCCAGCCGCCCAUGGACCACCUACAUAUGUCGCAACAACAGCAGCUACAUCUCUCACAACCUCAUCACAAUUUGCAAGUGUCAGCAGCACAGCAUAUGCAAGUUAGCGGCGCGGCCGGAGGUCACGUGUCGGCGGCGGCGCAGCAGGGCAUGUACGCCUCCUUUCAGCACCAGGGGACCCCCUCCCCACAGCAUCAUCAAGGUAAUGGAUGCGACUCGUACUCGGUGUCGCAGUCUCAGAGCAUGAACUUCUCGCCUUCGAUGCGGCCGCGGCCGGCCGGGCCCGCGCAGCAGACCGCCCAAGGACCCGCACAGGCGCCGCCACUCGGUAUCGCAGCGGCAGGUAUAUCGCGGGAACAGCAAGCGAAAAUGCUCCAACAACAACAGCAGCAGAUGUUGCGCGCGCAGCACCAACAAAUGCGUCCUCCGCCCCCCGAGUACAAGGCGCGGUUCGCCGCCCCGCGCCGCGCCGCGCCCGCGCCGCGCGCCUUCGCGCCGCACGCGCGCCCCUACCCGCCCGACUGGCGCCACGUGCUCGUGCAGCAGCAGGGCGCCCGCCAGCAGUUCCCGCACCACCACCAAGGAUUCAAUAUGGGCGGAAUGGGCAAUAUGGGUAACGUUGGCAGUGUAAGCAGCAGUAUGGCGCAACAACAGCAGCUACAAAUGCAGCAGGCGCGUCUGCAACAACAGCAGCUAAUGCAACAUCAACAGCAAAGGGCAUCGAAUCAACAACAGUCGUCAAUGUCGCAUCUUAUUAUGCAACAAAAUCAAAUGAUGAGCGUACAAGGACAGAUACCGAAUAUCCACAUGUCGCAAUCGCAGAGCAUGAGCCUGCAGCAGGGUCUGCUGCAGCAGCAGCAGCAACAACAGCAGCAGCAGCAGCAGCAGCAGCAACAGCAGCAGCAGCAGCAACAACAACAGCAACAACAACAACAGCAGCAGCAGCAGCAGCACAACAUGCAAAACUCGCUGAUGUCGCAGAACGGUCCCAUGAACACCUCCCACUUCCCCUCGCUCCACUCCUCCUUCUCCGGUCAGACCGCAGACUUUAACUUAGACUUCCUAGACAACAUGCCUUCCACCGACGCCAGCAACCUAACCGCCCAGGAGUUGCUCAACUCUCUCGAUAACUCAUUCCUUAACGAUAUACUAUGA